AUGUUUCUUUCGGUAUCAGCCUCGAAACCAAAGUCCAUUAAAUGGUCAUUGGUUUCGAAGCUUGUACACAAAGGGGUUGUAGGUGGCAGUGAAGGGCAGAGGGAAAAGCUGACUGAGCUGGAGAAAGUUGAUACUGCACUGAACAACUUGCUGGACCAGCAUGAAGAGGAAGUGGAAAGUUUCGAAUUCGGGCAAAGAAAUCUGGAGAAUUUGAAGGGUAGCAUUGAGGAUCUUGAAAAUGGAUUGGAGAUGUUGUUCAAGCUUUUGAUCCGGACAAGGCUGUCUCUACUCAACAUACUUUUUCUCAUUGGAUAA